AUGCAGACAGUGAAGGCAGAACACAUCGAUAAACUAAGAAUAAAGCUAUUUCAAUCAUGUCAAAUAUUGACGAAUUUGAAUUUGUUUCAAGCAGCAAAAUGGUGUGCUGAAGCAUUGAAUGGAUUAUCUCAAACAGAUCAAAAUGAAUCCGUUCCAUACGAAUAUCCUAUUAUUGAACAAGAUCCCGAAGAUAAAAUGGACCAGGAAAAGUUCAUGUUAGCAAAGGCAUAUUUCAAUUGCAAAGAGUUUGAUAGAGCAUCAUAUGUUUUGAAAGACUGCAAGAGCGGAAGUGCAUUAUUCUUUCGGUUGUAUUGUAUAUUGAUAAGCGUUGAUAAGAAGGCCACAGAAGAAACAGAUGGAUCUAUAAACCUUGGGUCACUAUUUUUGCUGGGAAAUGGUAAUCAUGAGCCUUCUGAUAAUGAAUUUAAUAAUGCUGCAAGUCGAGGUAAAGACGAACUUGUGGGGAGCCUUAAUAUCAAGCUCUCUAAAAUUAUACAAGAGUCAGAGAAUUAUCAUUCCAAGCCAGAGAAUAAACCAAAUGCAUUCUUAUACUACUUAAAUGGUAUAGUGUAUAAUAAAAAGAAGAAGUAUGCAAUGGCACAACAUAAUUUUUUUCAGUCACUUCGGCUAUUUCCUUAUAAUUGGUCCUGCUGGCAAGAAUUAAUUUCCACCUUGAAUACAUUUGAUGAAGCAAUUGCCUUUAUAAAUAAAUUGAAGUCAGCCAAGUCCUCAUUGACGAACAAUAUUAUGUUUCAUUUUUUUGAAGUGGUAAUAUUGCAAGAGUUUUAUCAACAACUGGCGUCGUUGAAAGCAAACUUAGACAACUUAAUAAAUACGUUUCCAAAGUUCAAUUUCUUGAAGGUACAGCAAUUUCUAAUUGCAUAUCAUGGACUUGAUUACUUUCAAGCCGAAUCAAUAUUUGACCAAAUCUUGAUCGAGGACCCAUUGCGACUUGAUGAUUUGGACACAUAUUCCAAUAUGUUAUAUGUCAUGGAGAAAAGAUCCAAACUAUCUUUCCUUGCACAAUUUGCUUCUCUGGUAGAUAAGUUCCGCCCCGAAACUUGUUGCAUUAUUGCUAAUUAUCAUUCUAUGAAAUGCGAACACGAGAAGGCUAUAAUGUACUAUAAACGGGCAUUAACACUCAACAAAAACUGUCUUAGUGCAUGGACAUUAAUGGGUCACGAAUUUGUUGAAUUAAAGAAUUCUCAUGCUGCAAUUGAAUCAUAUAGAAGGGCUGUAGAUACAAAUCCAAAGGACUUUAGGGCUUGGUACGGUUUAGGCCAAGCAUACGAGGUUUUAGAUAUGCAUUUAUAUGCGUUAUACUACUAUCAGAAAGCGACUAGUCUACAACCUUUAGAUAAAAGAAUGUGGCAAGCGAUUGGAAAUUGUUAUGAAAAGAUUGAGAAAUAUGAUGAGGCUAUUAAAUCAUUUGAAAAGGCAUUAAAGAUUGAUAAUUAUAGUAAGGGUGGACUCGAUAAUGUUGAAGAAGUCAUUAAUUAUGAGCCGCAUAUAUGCUUCAGAUUGGCGACUAUUUCUCAAAAGUUGGGGCGUUCUAAGGAUACAUAUAAGUAUAUGAAAUUGUGUUUCGAUCAGGAAUACGAAUGGGGGGUUAGUGAUGAAACAUCUAAAGCAAGAUUAUGGUUGGCAAGAAGUGCCCUCGAAAACCAUAGAUUUGAAGAAGCAUACGAGCUAGCAAAAGAUUUAAAUCAUAGUAAUGCACAUGACGUUGAAGAGGCUAGGUCUAUUGCAAGGGAAUCGCGGAAUAGAAUGCUGAAAUAA